AUGGCUGAUGUGGCAGAUGCGCCACUGGAGCCUAGAGCUCGACACAUCACAUACUGCGGAGUAUGCACACUGCCACCAGAGUACUGCGAAUUCGGCGGCACAUCCAAAAAAUGCGAAGAAUGGCUCGAAAAGAGCCACCCAGAUCUGCACCAACGCCUAUACUCUGAGGGCACGUCACUAAACGCCAACCUCUCCACCCUCUCCGUCUCCGCCCGCGAACGCGCCGCCAAGGACGCCGCAAAGAAAGAAGCCAAAGCCGCCCUGGCCGAGACGCGCGAUGCCGAACGCAAAGCCGCCGCCAAAGUGCAGAUCAAGCGAGUCGAGCGCAACAAGCGGAAAUUCGUGACGGUGCUUGCCGGGAUUGAGGCGCAUGGGCUGGAUUUGAAAAAGGUCGCAAAGGAGUUGGGCAAGAAGUUCGCGACGGGGUCGUCGGUGACGAAAUCGCCUGCGGGCACGGAAGAGAUUACGAUUCAGGGGGAUGUUAGUGAUGAUUUGUUUGACUGGCUGGUCGAUGUGCAUGGCAAAGAGGUUCCCGAGGACAAUAUCGAGUUGAUCGAGGACAAGAAGAAAAAGGCUGCUACAUAA